AUGUAUUUCAAGGAUCUGAGGAAGCGGCUCCAGGAGUACAUAGACCACUGCCCGGUUUGCGCUGAAAACCAGACCCUGCGUCAUAAGCCCUUCGGUUUCUUGAAUCCCAUAGACGUACCCGAGAUGCCCAUGGCAGUUCAGACCGCGGACUGGAUCGUGAAACUACCCCCUACGUCCGAAGGUUUUGACGCCCUACUUACUGUGACCUGUAAGAAGUCCAAGAGGAUCCUUCUGGUGCCAGGCCGCGAGACGUGGACUGCGGAAGAAUGGGCCGACGCAUACUUGACCUCGCUUCGCAAGUGCAGCUGGAUGAUACCUAUGGCGCUUGUCUGCGACAGAGACCCUAAGUGGUUGAGCGCUUUUUUUAGACGACUUUUCGGAUGCCUUAACGCAAGACUCCUGGCGGCCACCGCCCACCACCCGCAGACCGACGGUCAGUCUGAGAGGACGAAUCAGACGGUGGAGAUCGCGAUGAGAUACUUCGUCACCGCUAACCAGGAUGCUAACUGGACAGACGUCCUUCCCGACCUACAGUCUUUUCUCAACUCGUCUAAGAAUGCAACUACAGGAGUCUCACCCGAUCAAUAUCUGUUUGGGUUCGACCUCAAUACCGACGCCCUGAUAGGCCUCCGACAACUACCGGACGAGGAUUUCCGUGCCCUACGCCUCCAGUACCGAGAACAAGCAGACGAGGCACUCGACUUCGCCAACGUCCGCAUGAAGGAUCGAUACGACGACAAGCACGAGAGAAAGACUUUUGAUGUGGGAGAUUACGUUUACCUUAGGCUCUACCACGGGUACAAAGUGCACGGAGAAAAGUCGAGGAAGUUCGGCCCCUAG